AUGAACGGACCUACAGUUAAAAAUAAUGAAAAUACAAAUAGGAAUAAAAAUCCUUUGCCUUUUGGUAUAAUUGAUUUAAUUGUUGAUGAUUUUGGGUUGGUUGAUGUUGAUUCAAUUGCUGUUGAUGUUGGGUCGGUUGAAGUUGAUUCAAUUUUUGUUGAUGUUGAGUUGGUUAAUGUUGAUUCAAGAGUUGUUGAUUUUGGGUCGGUUGAUGUUGAUUCAAUUGCUGUUGAUGUUGGGUCGGUUGAAGUUGAUUCAAUUUUUGUUGAUGUUGAGUUGGUUAAUGUUGAUUCAAGAGUUGUUGAUUUUGGGUCGGUUGAUGUUGAUUCAAUUGCUGUUGAUGUUGGGUCGGUUGAAGUUGAUUCAAUUUUUGUUGAUGUUGAGUUGGUUAAUGUUGAUUCAAGAGUUGUUGAUUUUGGGUCGGUUGAUGUUGAUUCAAUUACUGUUGAUGUUGGAUCGGUUGCAGUUGAUUCAAUUGUUGUUGAUAUUGAUUCCAUUGUUGUUGGUGUUAAGUUGGUUAAUGUUGAUUCAAGAGUUGUUGAUUUUGGGUCGGUUGAUGUUGAAUCAGUUGUUGUUGAUGUUGGUUUGAUAGUUGUUGAUAAUAGGUCGGUUAAUAUUGAUUCAAUUGUUGUUGAUGUUGGGUCAGUUAAUGUUGAUUCAAUUGUUGUUGAUGUUGGGUCGGUUGAUGAUGAAUUUUUGACAGUUAUAUACAGUAUAUUAUAA